AUGGAGGGCGGCUAUGGAAAUUACACGACUACCUCAUAUGGAGGGCAGGGUGGCAUGGGUGGUGGAGGAUUCAUGCCUGGUGAAACCAACAGCCCUGCAACUGGAAGGCAACAAGAGAACAAAUCCCUCCGCCCGGUGACUAUCAAACAGUUACUUGAAGCUACCCAAAGCCACCCGGAAGCUCCUUAUCAGAUUGAUGACGCUGAUAUAAACGUUGUCUUCUGCAUCGGCCAAGUACGCAACAUAUCAACACAAAGCACGAACAUCACGUACAAGAUCGACGACGGCACGGGUGAAAUCGAAGCCAAGCAAUGGAUCGACUCGACGCGUAUGGACGAUGACAUGGAUGUCGAUGGGCAAGGCGCCAAGCAGAGUACACGGAAAAAGAUCGAAUUGGAUGGGUAUGUCAAGGCCUUUGGCACAAUCAAAGACUUUUCAAAUAAGAGGUAUCUCGGAGCGCAUUCUGUGCGUCCGUUGGCAGAUAUCAAUGAGCUGCAUGUGCACUUCCUGGAGGCAACCGCCGUACACCUGUUCUUCAAGAAUGGACCGCCUCCAUCCAAAUCCGAGGAUGGUGGCUACGGGGCUCCUGCUAAGGGCGCCGCGGAUGAUUACAAUGCUGGAGGAAUGGGUGGACGACCACUUCCGCCCAUGUCCGCCACCGCACGGCGCGUUUACAACCUCCUUAAGAACGAACCCCAGAGUAAUGAGGGUCUACACAUGCAGAAUAUAUCUGCCAAACUGGGCCUGUCAUCGACAGAGGUCAUCAAAGCAGGUGACGAACUGUCGUCGGCAAGUUUGAUUUUCCCGACGAUAGAUGAAUACACAUGGGCUAUCCUGUAG